ACUGGCGGGAUAAAGCGGGGUGGCGGUAACGAGUUCUGACGAUUCGUUCGAUGGCCGAAGAGGGGACGAGCUCCAGGAUGGAGGAUCCUAACGACAGAUUCAAACUUGUCGACAAUUCGCAGAGUGCCAGUCACGCGAUGUUCUGGAAAACCAAACUCGGAGUGCUCAUUAUAGUCACGAUUUUCUGCACGGUAAUUCUCCUGAUAAGCAGCUCGCUUAUGUUCUCAGGUGUGGCCAAAUUGAGCAAGUACGAAGACACCUUGAAAUCCCUUGAGGAUGAAAUCCGGAACAACAGUGCGACAACGACCCCCAGCCCGACGGGGCACACAACUGUCAACCCGCCCGAGCCUUCCACUGUCACUCCGCCGGCAGCUACAUGUCCCGCCAGCAUUGAGGACAAAGAAAAAUUCGAUUGUCAACCCGAAGGCGAACCGAAUGAGUCAACAUGUCUCGCUCGCGGCUGCUGUUGGAUGGCAAACGAGCAGAAGAAGCCAACCUACCUCGUGCCGGCACCAGUUAACGUACCACAGUGCUUCUUCCCGGCUGGAUUCGUGGGGUAUCGGACGGAUAAAGUCGCACAUCGCGCCGACGGGCUCGAUAUAACCCUGACCCGUCAGUAUUCAUCAGGACCGCUGCAAGAUGAGGCGGCGCUGCUAGUUCAGGUCUUCAACUACGAUUACAACACCGCCCGCAUCACGAUCAAAAGCGUCUACAGAGACCGAUGGAUCCCACCGGUCCCACCGAUCGCCGAGCAGAGCACUCAACGCGAUGUUGGCUACAAGGUUGAAUUGGAUGAGAAUCAGAGGAUUCUUUCGGUAUACCGCCUGAAAGACAUGAAGAAAGAGGACACGCCAAUUUUCUCCAUAAACCUCGCUACUCUGAUCUUCGCCGACCAAUACAUUCAAAUCACCGAUACGCUCCCGUCCGAUGCCGUUUACGGUCUCGGGGACAUGAAAGGUCCGCUGAAGCACAACAUCAAUUGGACUCGACGCAUGCUGUACAACAAAGAUCUGCCCCCGCGGCCCAACCGAGCUCUCUACGGUGCGCAUCCCUUCAUGAUGAACUUCAACAAAAACAAUCUCGCCAACGGAGUGUUCCUGAAAAACAGCAAUGCGAUGGACGUUGUUCUGCAGCCUAAACCCGCAGCGACCUUCCGAACAAUUGGUGGAAUCCUCGACUUCUUCGUGUUCAUCGGUCCAACUCCCACUGAAGUUUUCUCCCAGUAUCAGAAGCUGAUCGGCUUGCCCGCAAUGGUCCCGUACUGGAGCUUGGGCUUCCAUUUAUGUCGCUAUGGUAUCUGGACACUGAACGCGACCAAAGAAGUUUACGAACGGAACGUUGCUAAAAGAAUUCCCUUGGAGGCUCAAUGGAACGACAUCGACUACAUGGAAAACUACAACAUGUUCACCUACGGGAAAGAGAACUUCGGUGGUCUCCCUGAGUUCAUCGACCAGAUUCACAAGGAUGGACGGAAAUACGUCAUGAUUUUCGAUCCUGCGGUCUCAGGCAGUGAGAAAGAGGGCACAUACCUUCCGUACGAUCGAGGAGUUGAGAUGGAUAUUUUCGUCAAGAAUAUCUCGAACGUCAUCGUCCCGUACAAAGUGUGGAACUUGAAGACAUCGAUCUUCCCCGAUUUCUCUCAUCCAAAAAUCGACCAAUAUUGGACGGAGAUGUUCCAAGAUUUCUACGACAGACAGGGUGUCCACUUCGACGGGGCGUGGAUCGAUAUGAAUGAGCCAUCGAACCAGAAGAACGGGACCCUAGAGAACACGUGUCCGAAGACCAAGUUCGAUUUCCCGCCGAUCGAAAUCGGUGGCGAAAGAAUCUUCACGUACACGACGUGCCCUUCCGAUAAGAUGUACCUGAGCAACUUCUACGACUUGCACAACCUUUACGCUCAUCUGGAAGCCCGCGCAACCUACAAGGCUCUGACCACGAUCCGACCGAACAAGCGACCCUUGAUCAUUUCGAGAUCAUCAUCGCCAGGUCAGGGUCUCUGGAGUGGACAUUGGACCGGUGACAUCGACUCGAGCUGGAUUGAUAUGCAGCAGUCCGUCACCGACAUCAUGAACUUCGCCAUGUUCGGCAUGCCCAUGCUGGGAGCUGAUAUUUGUGGUUUCCAGUUUAACACCACCGAUGAGCUUUGCGCCAGAUGGCAGGCUCUGGGCGCGUUCUAUCCGUUCAGUCGGAACCACAACGACAUCUUGCGAAGAGAUCAGGACCCAGGCGCUAUGGAUGAGGUAACGAUCGCCGCGACGAUCAACUCACUCCAGAAGAAGUAUCGCUUCGCUCCGUACCUGUACACAUUAUUCUACCGCGCGCACACGGACGGAGAGACGGUCUUCAGAGCGAUGAUGUUCAACUUCCCCCAGGAUCCUGCGACCCACGCAAUCGAGGAUCAAUUCAUGUGGGGAGACGGCUUGCUGAUCGCUCCCGCUCUGCGAGAAAAUCAAACGGAGGUGACCCCGUACCUCCCGGCUGGGGUAUGGUACCACUACAACGACGACGGGAAGGAAAUCAGGAAGGAAAAUGGUGGCAAAGAAACUUUCCCGGCGCCUCUGGACGACAUCCAUCUUCUGAUUCGAGGCGGAGCCAUUCUUCCAGGGCAAGAAACCUUGGGAGACAACCUCUCGAACAACCGCAAGGAAGGGUUCUACCUCUACGUGGCGCCCGACGUGAACGAAUUCGCCGUGGGGGAACUCUUCUGGGACGACGGAGAAAUGCUCGACUCGGACCUGAAAGGGGAAUACUCUCUCGUCAAGUUCACCUACAGUCAUAGAACUCUGACAAUAAACGCUGAGAAAGCGAAUUACUCCGCCGAACCCAUGCUGCUCAAAACAAUUUACGUGUUCGGAAUAUCGACGAUGCCCACCACGAUGUGGAUCAACGGCGAGACGGUCAACAAGAUGAGCGACUUUGUAAAAUACAGGCCGGAAUCCAAGCGCCUUGAAAUUAUCGGAAUGUCGAUCGAGAUGCUUGGGAAGCCGACAACGAUCACCUUUGUCUAAAUAUAUAUCAGUCAUUGUUGAGCAUGAGAGGAAAAUAAAGUGAUUUCCUUUGUAAUUAUAUACGCUUA